AUGCAACCUGCAGAGAUUGUGGCUUAUCAAGGGAACCAUCUUCUUUUUGAAUGCUGGAAAUGGCGACAGCAACGAAACAAGCUCUACAGGGAUCUGGAGCUGGAUGGGGUUAUGAGACCCACUGCUGCAGAGGAGCACCCGCAGGGACGACUUCUGGGAGAGCCCAGAGCUACCAAGGCGCUGCUACAAUUCCUAGCCAGUACCAGUGUAGCUCUACCCCGAGCACACCUACGGCGGACGGCAGAAAGAGCCCAAAAGGACGAUGAACGGGGACUGGAAGCAUUGGAGGAGGCGAUCAGAACAGGAGAAGGGUAG